GAUUGCUGUAAGUAGAUCCGUGCACUCCACCCGAAGAAGUUUAUACUAUUUUUUAUGUUUAAUCACACAUAUUCUUUUUUCCUCAACUGCACAACUCUUGGUACCCCAAACUUAGUUUAAAGUAAUAUUUUGUUUCAGAUUUCGGAAUUUGACACCCCCGAGAACCUUCUGAGCAAUGAGGAUGGUGCUUUCUCCAAGAUGGUUCAGAGCACAGGGCCUAGCAAUGCAGAAUAUCUUAAGUCUCUUGUGCUUGGGAAUGGUGAAGAGAGGCUGCGAAAGGAAGAAAGUAAGCUGCAAGAUAUUCAGAGGAAAUGGGCCGCGUCGAACCGAUGGGCUGUUGCUGCCCAGUUUGCGCUUGCUGCUAGCCUCGCAUCAUCCCACAGCGACCUUCUCUCAUUGGAGGUUGCUGAGGGAAACAACAUCCUCAGGAAAACAAAGGACGCAGUAAUCACCCUGCAGGGCGUCCUUGAAGGGAAGCACAACACUGAAAUCGAGGAGUCGCUCACAGAGUAUCAGGUUCCAUCUGAUAGGUGGUGGUCGUCACUUUACAAAGUCAUCGAAGGCCUCGCCACGAUGAGCAAACUGGGGCGCAACCGUCUACGGCAACCUGGUUACAGUUUUGAAAACCACGGGUCUAUUGACUGGGAUCAAAUUUAGGUGUAGAACACUCCGUUGCUGCGCUACCGAAUCCCUGGAACCGCAUCGUGGAAUAGUUUGGGGGUGUGCAUUAAUCAGGCACGGUUUAAUUUCUACAGUAUUGUAGUACAUUUCAUUGCCAGUACAUUGACGUGCAAGUCGGGAGUUACUCAGUAGAAACGCCGUCUUGAUGCCUAUCUGAAGGCGAAUAACAAGGGGAUUUUGUAGCAGUGGCAGUCUUGUAAUGUCGUCCGCAUGGGUUACAUUUCUUGUGCCCAAUCUCGGUAAUCAGCGUACCCGAAAUUUUGAUAAUAUUGUGCAAUACGAGUGUACGUGGAUUCUUUAUGUCCUGA